AGGAUAUUCUUGUGUCUCAAUAUUUGUCCAUGCGCUGUGCCCUUGUCAAUCUGUUUAUGUGUCCUUCGCUUAUUCGAACUGGUGCGUACGCGCUGCUCGCAUCGUACUUGAGCUGUGGUGGUAUGUAGAAGGCCGCUCCUCCGUUCUUGCAUUUACAAAGCCAUGUGUUGUUGAAGAUAAUGUGCUAUCAUUCAUCAUUGCCAUUGAUUGGAAUUGAAUGUGCACAACAACAAGGAAGGCAGUGCUACGGGAAAGAGCACCGAUCAAGAUGUCUUUCUCUCUUCGGUGAUUUUUCAAACCAGUGAUAAGCAAAGCAAAAUGGCGGAGGCCAAGCCGUUGUCGACGGCUGCAUCACCGUCAGUAACAUAGAAAUUGCGAUGGGCAGCUGAUUGUGUGAAACGACGGCAACGCAGGCCUGCUUCAACUUUUUUCCCCGUAGUAAGCACAAUCAACGACCUCCCUGCCGUCCGCAGUCUUCUUUGACGUGCCCAAAAACACGCAGCGAAGAUGGGGAUGCUUUCGCGAGAAAUUGUGAUCCGAAAGCUAAAGGAGCAUGAGAAGUUCAGGAAGAAGGAACAAACGACCCUCGCGCAGCUGCACGAUGUCUUCGAGGAAGGUACAUAGAUGCUGUGAUUUUAUUACAUAGAGCUGCCACAUGCGAAAAACCGGUUGCUGCUGCCUUUUAUACAGUGAUACGUUACUUAAUCAAGGCAUUAGGAAGCUGCAUUUUGCUGCGGUGUUCUCUGAACAGGCGAGGAGGAUGUGGGUGAACUUAUCGUAAGUUCUCCAAGAACAUCAACCAAUUUCAGGUGAGGGGCUGGAGUUUCUCGGUGACCCGAUGUGGUGGAGGUAUCCGGAGGAUAUAGACACCGACCGCAUUUACAUCACUACCGGGGUGGAGUUCCGGCAAAUUCGUCUGAUGGCACGCGAAGUCAUCUUCCAUUUUUUGCUGCUGGGGUUCGUGUCUGCUUACAUUCUCAACACGCGUUCCUCCGACGCGUUUUUAGCAAGGGAGGAGCAGCUGAAGUUUUGGCAAGGCUGCAACUCCACCACACCCGAGACCGCGAGAGAGUUUCGCGAGGGCAUCUACGAAAAGUGCGACGUCGAAACAGUUGUUGACAUCAAGACCUUUUGGACAUGGUACUCUUUCUUUUUCCUAGUUGUCGAUGUCCUCAAUAUGCCUUUGCAUCUGGUGCUCUCGAACUACUUGAGUGCUACCUUGCACAAAUUUUUUCCUUGCUCAAGCAACGAGUAGGAGCUACAGAAUCAAUGCACUUCAUUGUCAAAAAUGAAAUAUUUCAGGUUGGAUAUGAAGUUUGUUCCGCUCGCAUUCACGCCCCAGCCGGAGUAUGAGAAGGGAUUUGCGGAGCGAAUAACGUCCUUCGACUCCAACUCGUUCAAAAUAGGUUUGAACCCACGGCUCAUUGGCGACCCACAUCGGCCAGCAAACCUACUCCUAGGCCUCAUACGGAUGAGGCAAGUCCGCGUCCAAAAGAAUCAGGGCUGUACGGUCAGCUCCCUCUUCAGUCACAUCUUCUCGGACUGCAGAGCGCUGUUUAAGGAAGCACACCAAAGUAAUUUAGUUUCUUUUUUUAUCUUUUGUCUCCCACUCGUACUUGUGUACGCGCACACGCAAAUUCUUCAAUAGAUUUAGGUCGAUGUUGUAGCUGUGGGCACCACCACCGCAAAAUCUAAAUCAAGCAGUGACUUUAGAUGAUAGAUAAUGAUGAGUACAACCAUUAGCACCCUUGCAAAAAAGGUACAAGCGAUUUCUCUAGUUCGGAGGCGCCCACGUACACUCUGAAGAAUUACCAAUGGAAAACCGACGAGAGUAUUAUGAAACGGAGGACCAAUUAUAUCUUCAUGUUCAUGUGCUCAGCACCAUCUUCUUGGUGGUCGCCGUCGCCGCUACUGAAUCGUAGUGAAGACGCACAAGAAGAGGACGCUACUUUUUGACAACAUUGCAUGGUGAAUACGAACAGUGUCGCUUUUUAGUUACUGGGAGAUGGACGUCCCAUGCACAUGCUAUGAUAUUGGUUUUCGGUUGCAUACCAUCGGGGGCGACCGCAAUAGCAGGGCAGUUUUCAGAGUAUCCGGCAAGCGGUUUUCUAGUAGAUUUUCCGCUGUACGAGACAGAAGCGCACAUGCUGGUGCACGACCUGUGGAACUUCGGCUGGCUAGAUUCCGGGACACGCGCAGUGGUGCUGGAGUUCUCAUUUCUGAACACCAACGUGAAUAUAAUCGUGAACAAUCGCAUGCUCUUUGAGUUCGCGCCCACCGGCAAUGUCAUAUUGAGACAAGAAGUGGACGCAUGGCCGGUUUGGCAGCUCGAGUUCAUGCUAGCAGGUACAUGCUUUUCCUUUUGCUUUUCAACAUGGUCGAGACUCGGUAGAAGCGCAGUGUCGGACGAUGAUGAUCGGCGUGGGGGCGCCAGCGCAUUAACCAUUUAACAUUCGAAUUUGUAAUUUACCAUUCGUUUGGAUUGCGUUGCGUAUGCCUACAAUCCACUGCAGAUGAAACGAUGAAACAAAUCAACGCCAUUUUUUCUGUAUUCCCAGGUGACCAAGCGCUGAAUGCGUUUAUAUACACGGCGCUGCUUGCCAUUCUCCUCAUCUACCAAGUGUGGAACAUAUCGUGGCACAUGCGGCAGUGCGGUUUGAAGUUCUUCGGUUACGGCUGGAACUACGUCGACAUAGCGUCCGUCGUGCUCUGGAUCAUCCACUUUUCCUUCCGCAUCACCGCCUACACCAACAUCAGCAGCGAGGUCAACCUGUCGCCGAGCAGAAUAGGCCACCCGGAAUACUUCAUGCCCUUCUCGCGAGCGGUGGUAGACCCCUUGCAGAAAGCCAGGACGUGCCUGUCGUUCCUCUCGCUCACGGUGUGGUUCAAGACGCUGAAAUACGCCUGUAUUUUCACGGGAUUCCGGACUCUCGUGCGCGUGAUGGGAAAGUCACUGGGCAACCUGUUCAACUUCUCCCUGGUCGUACUGGUAAUUUUCUUCGCCUUCGCCGUGUCCUUCUACGUGGGGUUUGGCGGCAACGACCAGCGGUUCACCGACAUGUUCGGCACGUUCCUGAUCCUGUUCUUCUAUCUGGUCGGCGGCUUCGAGCUGAAUCUGUAUGACUGGUUCCUUCCCGGCAGCGACAUAAUACGACCGCUCAUUUUUCUCCUCUACCUGCUCCUCACCUACUUCAUCCUCGUCAACGUCUUCAUGGCAAUCGUGCUGGACUCUUACACCAUGGUUGUGGUAUUUUUUUUUGUGUUUGUGGUCUUAAUUUUGUAACUUUUUCAUGUGCUUUGGAGUGACUUCCAGACCCAUGCCAUGCGUAUCUUGAUCCUACACAGAGGAGACGGAAAAAGAAAUCAAAAUCAACUCCAUGAUUUUACCAUUUCUGAACAGGUAAUAAGAAAAGCGCAGAGCACGUUACCCAGGAAGGUCGGGUACCAGGAUGGGGAAUCCAAGAAUUUCAUGAUCACCUUCCUCUACGUGUACUACCACUUCUUGCGAGGAAUAGACCUAGUUGGGGAAGAAGAGAAGAAAGAAGAAGACGCUGAGUUUGAGUAAGAUAUUUAUAUAUCGCAGUCAAAAUUUUUCCUUCUCCGGAUAAGAAAGCGUACAACUGUCAUGACAAAAUGAAUGCUGUCUCAGGCGGUUUUGAGCGCUCAAUGAAUUUGCCGAAGCCUUGACUAGUAACAACUCACCGCAUACAUCACACAGGUUCAUAGACCUCGAGGAGCUGCCCGGUGUAGUAGCUAAGAAGUGGCUCAUGAAGAAGAGGAGAAUGAUGGAAACGGUGGCACGAGUCAACGGGGAAGAAAUGCCCCCGCAGAAGGGCUUUGAUGACGACGACAACGAGGAGGGGGAAGACUACUUUGACGAGCACGGAAACUAUGUACCAAAGGACCAAGCGCCACAAGCGGAGCACCCCAGUCUCAGCGGAAAUUUCAACAAGGGCAUGGGAAGAAUAAAGGUACGCACGAUUUUGUUGUCGCACAACUUCACCGGAAAGAAAAAAUUGUUGAAGGACAAGAAGCUGGUGCGUAUCUCCAGCAUCUGCCAACAUCAUGCUGAUAGAUUAGAAUUGGAUGUAAUUCUGCAUUUUCUGACAUCACGACCCCUCGCGUUUUGUCGCAGAAAGACGAAAAGAGUUCAGAAAAAGUUUGGUCACCACAACACAUCUGCAGGAGAAAAUCAUGUCUGCGCUGAUGCCGGACAGUCAGAAGGCGCUGAACGGAAUCCGGACGAUCCCGAAGACCACCAGGCCGGGCUUAUCCACAAAGGGUAUGUACGUCGACAACCCGGACGCGAUGGGCGGCGCCAUCGGGCUCCCCCAGUUGCAGCGCCUCCUCGACGAAGACAAGGCACUGAGAAUACUCCUGGGGAGUGCGGACGCGUUGGCGGUCAUCAAGCGCUUCAAGUACAUACCAAACGAGGACGACAAUCUCCGGGCCAUGAAGGCCAUGGAGAGCGGGGCUGGCAACGGCGAACUUGCGGGGCUCGACGGGGACGAUCUCGGGGAAUGGGAAGACACGGAAAACGAAACCAUCAACCAGCUGCAGGAAGUCGUCUUCAGCAGGCUAGACAAGCUAGAAAAAUCCUCGCUCGACGUCGACAUCACGGAAGUGCCGCAGAUCAAGUAUUGUUUCUUUCUUAUUUGCGAGCUUUUUUGUCAGAUCAACAUCGACCCACGUAUGUGAAUGACCACGAGCAGCACGAGUUUGUUGUGCUGUAUUUCGUGCUUCAGGUCUUCUAUGAAUGACAACUGGGGUUUUGGUUCGCGCCCCUUGGGCGUCGGAAAUGAGAUAUCUUUCUGACACUUUACAGUAGCACUCGCCUCGCCUUGUCCCGGUGCCAAGGUGGUUUUUAGGAAGGUAAAAGCGAAGCAAAACACUAAGAAAGUAACCACUUUUCUGGUUCUUUGUCUAGCACGCCUUGUUUCGAUCUUCGCCUAGCCAAGUAAAGAGAGUAGCAGUAUUAUUACCUCCCCGGUGUGUUACUCGUUUCUACCUUCUCAUCUAAAGACCUCUGUCUUGUGCGCUCCCAAUUACUUCUCGCCUUGUCCCGGUGCAAUGGUGGUUUUUUUUUUUUUUUGGUUUCGCUUGUCUCCUGAACACAAGUAAAGCCUCCUAGACCAAAGCCUGCCAAGUUAAGAAAAUUAACUCCCCGGUGUGUUACUCGUUUUUACUUUCAUUUCCUCCCUGGUGUGUUACUUGCUCUGACUUAGAUUUUUUCGCAAUCAGUCGAGCAACGCACCCGCGGAACAAGAGGGAAGGUGUUUAUCUUUAAUAAUUGACGAUGGGCGAAAAAGAAUGCGCUUCUGCAUGCUCACCACCUAAACGGGCACAAUCGGCGCAGCAGAUGUUCCUUAUUUGUUCCAGUUUAGCCGCGCCGCUGAACAACGGGAGACGGCCUGUCCGGUGAGUGAGUACGCCGUCAACUGCUCGCCGGGGCGCUGCGUGGAAGGGCAGCGUCGCCGCAUGUCGAGCCGGGGAACUAGUUUGCUUUCGACUGCCUUUUAUUUUUUUUUUUAAGUUCCCCGGCAUCUCAAUUCCCCCUGAACUUGCCGCCUUACUCUUCACGGACAUCUCGUGUAUGACAUCAGCGCGUAGAACGGUUCGAACCAGACUCGGGCUACAAGGCAACAGGUAAACCAUCCCUACGCCCUCCGGUCGACCUUGACGAAUCUGACUACCAAACCCUCUGCGGAUUUCUAUCAGCUUUGCAGACACCUAGGGCCACGCCGCCGCGCAUUCCGAGGGUAGAGCAGACGAACCACAGAAGGGCGUUGCGAGGUGGCCAUCGACAUCACUCAAGCGGGGGAGCGGAAGCAAGGUCUCUGUUCAGCUGUGUGGUGUGCGGUACUCUAGUCCGGACUAGUUUACUAUUUCGGUGGUCUCUCUCUCUCUCUUAUUUGUUCCAGUUUACACCUCAAAACUGUUGAUCUCUCUUCACGAUCAUGAUGGUUUUUGUUGUUUUUCUCUUGUUUUUCCACCUUUUCACACAACUUUGCAGAACAGAAUCGAUGGACUCUAGGCGUAAACGGUCCGCGCUAGGAGUUGACUUUGUUUCUCUUUCGCGACAUCUUUUGAAAAGCUUGCGACUUAGAAGCCUUUAGUUCUAUGGUUGAUGCUAACUGCUUUUUAAAGGAAGAAGCGCAGACACAUGCAGCAUUGUGCUCUGUGCGCUCAGUUCAAUGCUGUGGGCACUCCUGUGCAGAGAGCUCAUACGCAUGACAAAGCCGCUGAGUAUUUUUAUUGUUUUCUUUUUCUCCCAUUCGCGGGUUUGUAACGCGUGUUUCGCAGGUUUUGGGAGAUUUUGGACUAAAGUCUUUCUAUCCUAAUGCCAUAGGCUGAGAAACCGCGUUUGCAACUAAACUUGCAAUGCAGUGAAGAAAAAAACAAAAGACAAAAAGAAAAAGCCGGACGUUGGUGCCCGCAACAGGCUACUUCGAAAGAUCUUACUUGCUGUCCCGACCGCCCCAGGUCUGUGAUGUCGAUCGUUUUUUCACAGACAGUUGAGUAUUCCACCCGCGGAACAAGAGGCAAAAACAUAGAACAAAAGAAAAUACCUCGGAAAGUUUAAUACGGAAAGUCCACUGAAGCACGAAGUAAGGAUCCCUCUUACAAUCUCUUAACACUUCUGGCGCCUUGCACUUUGGACGGUCUAAACCACAGCUCCCUAGACAACAAAAAGCCAUCACGUAAAACCACAAAGACGCACUGAAAGCACUCCCACCUGCUGCUGAGUUUUCUCCUAUGCAAAUUCACAGCUUCACGGAAGAUGCCUCAACAACGCAGAGCGGCAAGCAGAAAGAAAACUAUAGAAAAAAAAAAUAAUCAAGAGUGAAACUGUCUCUAUACUGCAGCUUUGCUCCUUUUAACAAACUGUCUCUAUACUGCAGCUUUGCUCCUUUUAGCCCAACUAGUAGACCAAAAUAUGUUGUUGUAGAUGAUUCAAUUUCGUGUCAUUAUUACUGUUCCUAGUAUCAAAAUUACAAACCGCACGUAGCUACCGAAAAAAUAAAAUGUAGAAAUCGCGUCAACAUCGUCAGCCCAAAAAAUCCUGCUGUUAUUUUUCUUUUAUUAAUUUGUGCAGUUUCACAUCAACGGCGCAGUAUUGGCCGUUCUUUGCUUUUUUCACCAUCAGAAGUGCGAACUGCGAGGAGCGGGGCGGCCCCCCUAACUAACUAACUAACUUGUUGUCUGCAAAACAAACGAAACCGCGCAUCCUUUUGUAUGUCCUGCACAGCGAUUUGACCUCUGGUUACUCGCUCGCUGCUUUGUAUGCUUGCUUUUAUAUGCUCACGGCUUGGCUUUGGCUGAUGGUCGUCCUUUUGUAUCCGUAUUUGCUGUUCUCGUUGAUGCUUUCUGUGCUCGUGCUAUCAUAUCUACCAGAGCGUCGGUUCGUACGUUUGCGCCGCUGUUCGUGUGAUUUGCUUUCCAGGAGCUCGAUCGCAAAUUCGUACGCUCCUCUCAUUCCGUUGCCGAAAUCUGAUCUUCCCUCUGCCCCCUCUUGCAUACGCCCCUGUAGGAUUGAGGCUCUACCCUUUUAUCUUGCUUGUUUCGUCUAAGUCUGAUGGCUUCCUACUGCUCUUCCCUUUGCCCUCUCUUGCAUGCGCCCCCGUAGGUUUAGGUCUCUACCCUUUUACUUUUCUUCUUUGGUUCUGUAAGUCUGUUCCUGUUGUCUUACUGCUGUGACCUUUGUAGCGCUAGUCUGCGGACCCCGCGAACUCGCAGGGGCUUUGUUUUUUCCGCCUAGCCAGCGGGUUUGUCAGGGGGGUGGCGGACGCGACAUUGCCGUGGACGUGUCGCACUUGUUCAUCAGCACCACUGCGGAGUUUUUGGCGCGGCCCUGCGGUGGUUUUCGCGAAGUGAUUGCUCUACCCGGAAGGAAAAAAAUUAGUUCUAGCAAUUUAGCUUAUGCGAUCAACAGGCUCGAAGAUUCGUCUCCGGAAGCCAAACGCAGCACGCCUUUCAUUAAGUCCCCUAGGGUCUGGUCUUCUAAUCCAGGCGGUAGAAAACAUUUCGUGCUUGGCUUCUAAACGAGUUUUCUUGCCUCUCGGCGGUAGUCCGUCUAAUAAAUAGUCCCAAUUACUAGGUGGCGCCGCUUGUGGCUGUCACGAGGUGGCUCGCACCUCCCCGGAGUGAGAGAGGGUUCGUUACCGGGUUUCAGUACCUUCCGUCUGGCCUGGGCUCCUGGUGGCUGCUUCCACCGUCGGGGAGCAUAAAAACACUAAACGUAAGUCAUUGACCACUGGGUCUCUGUGACGCCGUGCCUGCACGCACCAUCAGAAGUGCGCUGGUGCCAAUCGUGUUUCCACGUGUGCCAUCAGAAGUGCACCGAAUCACGAGGGUACUACUACUACUACUACCCUUGCUGGGUAAUCUAUCUAUCUAUCCCGGUGGUCAUGUUUUUGUCAUCUAAAAACGUAGGUUCGUAGAGAAAGCUCCUGCGAAGAACAUCAUCGGCGAAAUAGAAAAUACGAAUUGUUUUCAGGUUCCUGGCGACGCAGCUGAGCGACCUUCUGUCUGACGUGCAAAAUUGCUGGCGAGAGGGCAUUAUCUCGGUGCUCGAAAGUGCGAAUCUGAUUUCCGGAAGCCUGUUGCAAUUCACGAAGAACGUCGAAGAUGUGUCGCAGAACCACAACAAUAUCAUGGAGAAGCUGUGCGUCGACGAGGACGGCUCGGAUGAGGAAGAGGAAAUGGAAGAGGACUAGUAACCCCACCACAUUUACAAUAGUAUGAUAACAACUAUCUGCCCCAAAUCACAGUUUUUGUGAAGACUUCAAUAGUAGCGGUAAACUAAACUAAACUUCAACCAGGAGACUAUGUCAAUUGUCUAAACUUUAACGCACGAGAUGCAAGAAGUUCUCCUUUUUGGUAGCUCUCGCAGAACUUCUUGCUAUGUCUUCUUGUGUCAAUAUGUCAAAUUGAAAUUAACUGAAAUCGAUGCAACUGUAAGGACAGAAAAUACAAAUGUUCCAAACGAAGAUUGAAUUCGAUACUGAACUUUUCUCCAUAGCUGGUUGCGGAUGAUGCUUGACCACCUGUGGCGCGUGCGCGGGCACAGCGGCUGACCAUGUACACCUCUUACAUUAGCCCGUGCUAAGGACAGUGCCAGCCUGUAUUUGCCGCCAUUUACUCGAACUGAGUAAUUAAGACACUGAGAGCUUGCUAAUCGCUGGUGCUUCGAAUCUUCUGUACGCCCCUCCCUUCCAAAUUAAUAACCCUGACACCUUCUAUUUGUUCACCUUUUUCUGUAUAACGGUGUUGCCCAUGGCUAUGCCACUGGCAGACCGGCCGAUUUGAUCUUCGACCUUUAAUUCGCUCAAUCGGAAGAAACCUUUUGCACGAAGUGAGGACUGCGGUUGCAUCUUGAGAAUGGCGCAAGGAAGAUGAAAGGCAAAGACAAAAAAUGCACCUUUUUUCGUGGCUAGCACGUACUUGCAUGUAGUCGGCGAUUCGUGUUCAUGUUUAGUCGCUUCACUCGUGUUCUUCUUCCCGAUUGCCAGCGCAUCUCUUGUAUUUUGACCCUUUAUUCAGCAAGAGCUUGAGCUGCGAUUCUUCUUUCUCUGCAGAUUGUCAUUGGUAAUUUACUAAAAUUACCAUUACGUUGAUGCAGACGCUGCAGCCAAAGAAUAGCUUGAGCUUUCUGUUUUAUAGCAGGCGAACACGAAAAUGAAGAAGAAGUACAUUCGCAAUAUUUGUUGCACGACCUCCUGCAGGUGUUGAGAUUGAUUUUCGCGAGUGAUCUUUGACCGAAUGCGCCAUAGAUGAUAAUUUUGCGUGCCUUUCAUCUGAUUAGUGCCAGCGAGGUCGAUUUCGAAUUGUCUUUUUCGAGAUAUUUUCCGCAGCAUUGCGUCGUUCACUUUCGCUACCAUGAGAUUGAGAUCGCAACUCCAUCAAACCUGCCAU